AUGGAGGCGGAAAGAGAAAGGAACCGCAUCCGAGACAAUCAACGCCGCUCGCGAGCUCGCAAGAAAGAGUACGUCCAGGAGCUCGAGCAGCGUCUUCGUGAUUGCCAACUCAAGGGCAUAGAGGCUUCAGCAGAGGUUCAGCAAGCUGCACGCCGAGUCGCAGAGGAGAACCAGAAACUUCGACAGCUUCUCAGUGAAGUCGGCCUGGGCGACCGUCAAGUCGACCAAUACUUGAGAACGGAUGUCCUUGAUCAUGGGGACGGACGUGAUUUCCAGGCUCACGCUGCAGCGAGCAGGAAGCAGGGGCACGCAGUGAACGCUCUCGAUAGCAUCAUGGCAGCGAGGCGACCCGACUCCCUCGAUCUCUCGAGGCCCUUCCCUGCAACAGGACAUCAAGCAAAAUCUGACCCAGCCUCUGCGUAUGACACGGCAUCCAACUCCCCGAGCGAGAGUUAUGGUGCGUUGUCAGAAGAUGCGCAACAACCGCCGUACAGGGUGGAUUCCGCAGCUACAAUGAGUGUGCCGUCUCAACCGGUCUAUGUACAAACAAGAGGGCCCCGAAUUCCAAGCGACGAUCACGUCCCGCAGAGCCAGCAACCAUGGCUCCCAGGAGACCCGACUCCACCUUCUGGUAGCGUAGCUAUUAACAUGCAAAGCUACGCGUCGAACCAGUCUCUGCACUUUCACCCAGCAUUUCCUCGGACAAACUCAACAACCUCUCUGCCGACAAGCUGUCAGGGGCAUACCGCUUCACCGUACGCGGUCUACGACCCCCUCAAUCAGGCUCAGUCCUUCAUUUCUCCCCACCUGGGGACGGGAAGUGCUGGCCACUCCGGCCCCGCAUCUUUAUGCGACACAGACUCUAGCGCGGAAGACCGACGAAAUCUACAGACGGGCAACCUGAGAGCAUUUCCAUGGCCGCAAGAAGAAUCUACGCAUCCGCAAUAUGGUGCCCAAGACAUCGUAUGGAGCCAGUAUAGCUCCUCCUCAUCGGCACCUAACUUACGACCUCCUCCAGAACAACAACUCGACCCAGUUCGCAUGCCGCGUUCCUACAGACGAAACAGACAAUAG